UGGUGUUGCCGUUUUAUGUAGAUUUAUAUGCCUGAUACAGAAUUACAUAGCAGUUAUAUGUUGUUCUGUAAACUGAAAUUGAACUGGAUACAUACAUCAUGUUCCUGUUUUAUAUGCAUUUCAGAUUCAUCACGUCAACCGGAUUUAGCAUUUUCGAAGAGUACGGCAGUAACUGGGAAGAGUUUACAGAAGAGAGCAAUAAGUGGAACUGAGGAAUUUAUUUACAAGAUGGAGGAGAAGAAAGUGGCGGAGUUACAGUUAAUUAACAAAACGCUGUCCAGUAUUGACAGCAGUUUGAAAGAACUUGUUGCAAUAAAGAAAAAGAAAUUUGAAACUGAGAUUGAGAGCAACUUUUUGCACCAGUUUGAAUUUUAAACAUUGAUAAAUCUUUAAUACUUUCAAAUCAAAGGAAAAGCUUGUUAACACUAGAUAUCACAAUUUUGGCCCAAUCUUAAUGAAACUUGGUUAGAAUUUUACCCUUAAUAACAUCUUGGACGAGUAUUAUAUUGGGUUAUCUUGACUCAGAAACUAGGUCACCAGGUCAAAUCAAAAUGAAAGCUUGUUAACAAUCAAGAGGUCACACUUUUGGCCCAAUCUUAAUGAAACUUGGUCAGAAUGUUACCCUCAAUAAAAUCUUGGAUGAGUUCGAUAUUGGGUUAUUUGGGGUCAAAAACUAGGUCACCAGGUCAAAUCAAAGGAAAAGCAUCUUAAAACACUGUAGAGGUCACAUUUAUGACUGUAUCUUCAUAAAACUAAGUCAGAAUGUUAAUCUUGAUGAUCUUUAGGUCAAGUUUGAAUCUGAGUCAUGUUGGGUAAAAAACUAGGUCAUUGGGUCAAAUCAAAGGAAAAGCUAGUUAACACUUUAAGAGGCCACAUUUAUGACCAUAUCUUAAUGAAACUUGGUCAGAAUGUUAAUCUUGAUCUUUAGGUCAGUAGGCCAGUUGAGCGAUACAGGGCUGUAAACAUUUAGCUUCUGUAUGUGAUAGAGGCUGUAUUUUUAACUUGAUCUUCCUGAAAUUAGGUCAGAAUGAUUGCCUUGAUGCUAUGUAGGAAGUAUUUAAUAAAUAUGGUAGUGACAAGGUGAGCUUUUGUGAUCACGCAGCGUCCGUCGUCCAUCCAUCCGUGCGUAAACUUUUGCUUGUGACCACUCUAGAGGUCACAUUUUUUGUGGGAUCUUUAUGAAAGUUGGUCAGAAUGUUCAUCUUGAUGAUAUCUAGGUCAAGUUCAAAAGUGGGUCAUGUGCCUUCAAAAAGUAGGUUAGUAGGUCAAAUAAUGAAAAAACGUUGUGACCUCUCUAGAGGCCAUAUUUUUCAUGGGAUCUGUAUGAACUUUGGUCUGAAUGUUUAUCUUGAUGAUAUAUAGGUCAGAUUUGAAACUGGGUCAACUGCGAUCAAAAACUAGGUCAGUAGGUCUUGAAAUAGAAAAACCUUGUGACCUCUCUAGAGGCCAUACCCUUGAAUGGAUCUUCAUGAAAAUUGGUCAGAAUGUUUAACUUGAUGAUAUCUAGGUCAAGUUUGAAACUGGGUCAACUGGGGUCAAAAACUAGGUCAGUAGGUCUAAAAUUAUUAAAAUCUUUUGACCUCUCUAGAGGCCAUAUUUUUCAAUGGAUCUUCAUGAAAACUGAUCUGAAUGUUCACCUUGAUGAUAUCUAAAUCAGUUUCGAAACUGGAUCACGUGCGGUCAAAAAAGGCCAGUAGAUAUAAAAAUAGAAAAACCUUGUGACCUCUCUAGAGGCCAUAUUUUUCAUGAGAUCUUCAUGAAAAUUAGUGAGAAUGUUCACCUUGGUGAUAUCUAGGUAAAGUUCAAAACAGGGUCACGUACCUUCGAAAACUAGGUCAAUAGGUAAAAUAAUAGAAAAACCUUGUGACCUCUGUAGAGACCAUAUUUUUCAAUGGAUCUUCAUGAAAAUUGGUCAGAAUUUUUAUCUUGAUAAUAUCUAGGUCAAGUUCAAAACUGGGUCACAUGAGCUCAAAAACUAGGUCACUAUGUCAAAUAAUAGAAAAAACGACGUCAUACUCAAAACUGGGUCAUGUGGGAAGAGGUGAGCAAUUCAGGACCAUCAUGGUCCUCUUGUUAAAUUGAUUUUCAUGUAAUUUAGUCAGAAUGAUGGCCUUAAUGAAUUCUAAGUCAAGUUCGAUUAUGGGUCAACUGGGGUCAAAAACUAGGUCAUUAGGUCAAAUUAAAGAAAAUACUUGUCUAUACUCAAGAUUUUUGUUCAAACUGUAAUGAUAAUUGCCCAGAAUAUUUUUACAUGAAAUCACUAGGUCAAACAUGUUUACACUGUUAUGGUGGGUUUCCCAGAUGAGCGACCUGGAGCCAUCUUGGCCCUCUUAUUACCCAUUUCAUACCCAUCCUGGCGUCAGUGUCACUGCUAGGUGAAUGUUUUGCAUGCAAGUUCAGUUGGCUAUCAUUGGCAUAUAGCUUUUAAACUUUCUUUUCUUUUUCUAGGUCCAUUAUAAAAUUGACUGGGUCAAGUUCCAUAACUCUGACAUGUAUUUUGAGCAAAUUGUGGCCUUCUUGAUUUUUCACUUGCAAGUUACUGUCUCCAAAACUAAUGCAGAUAUUGAAACUUUGCAUGUGUUUUCAGGAUCAUAAAACUAGUCGGCAGCAUAAAGUUCAAUAGCUUUGUCAAGCAUUUUGUCUAAAUCAUGCCCCUUUUUGGAAUAGAAAAUCCUGGUUAAAGUUUUGCAUGCAAGUGCAUACAGCUAUAACCUUGAGGCAUGCAGAUUAGAAAUUCAUUUUUUCUUGCCAACCUCACUGGGUCGAGCCCCUUAGUCUAACAUGUAUUUUGGGCAUAUUAUGUCCCCAUUUGGACUUAGAAAAUUCUGGUUUAGAUUUUACAUGCCAGUUACUACCUGCAGAACAAAUGGUGAUAUUAUAUUGAAACUUCACAUGUUUUAAAAGUAUUUGCUAGCAUCAAGUACCAUAAA